AUGGAAGUUGAAUCUAAGGACGUUUCUGCUACUUCUACUCUAACUGGUUCUCAAGUAAACGAUGCUGAGAAGGCCCGUGCUUCGCUAGAAGCUGAGCAUGAGAAUGAGCAGCUGGAAUUUAAGUUUGUGGGGACCAUGAAGUGGUAUACCAUCACAUUAGCCUUUACUGGGCUGAUCAUCGGUCAGUUCUUAGCAGCAUUAGAUGCCACUAUCAUAACUACGGCACUCAACACCAUCGCGGCCGACUUGAAUGCCGUGAAUGAAGUCUCUUGGGUUGCGACCGGCUACAUUAUGACAUACAACAGCUUCCAGCCUUUGCUUGGAAAGUUCAGUCAUAUUUUCGGUCAUAAAGCUAUCAUUGGAAUGGGCAUUGUUUGUUUUAUAAUCGGAAGUGCUAUGGCUGGGUUUUCACCAAAUAUUAUCACAUUGAUUCUGGCUCGAGCUAUUCAGGGUGUUGGAGGAGCUGGUAUCUUAUCCAUGGUCAUCAUCACUAUCUCUGACAUGUUCCCGCUGGAAACUCGGGCAAAGUAUCUGGCAAUACCUCAGUCAGUGUUUGGAAUUGCUACAAUUGUUGGACCUUUGAUUGGAGGUGCUUUCACUGACAAGCUGAGCUGGCGCUGGAACUUUUGGAUCAACAUUCCUCUUGGCCUUGUCGCUUUGCCUCUUGUGUUGAUAUACCUGCCUCUGCCAAUACCGAAAUCCAAGUGGUCUACCAAACUAGCUCGAGUGGACUUCUUGGGAACCUUUGUAUUGAUAGCAUUUGUUAUCGCAAUUCUGUUGCCGACCUCCUGGGGAGGCACUACAUACCCAUGGAGCUCACCCAUAAUUAUCGCCCUUUAUUGCGUUGCAUUUGUGUUCGGAAUCGUAUUUAUUAUUAUUGAAUGGAAAUUCGCAGCAGAACCUAUCGUACCUCUUCGUCUCUUUAAGAACUACAACACCUCGUUGAUAUUUGCGGUGGCAUUCUUCCAAGGCAGUGCCUUCUAUUGCUGGAUUUUCUACUCUCCAUACUAUUAUGCAGCCGUAAAUGGAGAUUCUGCUACCAUCUCAGGCUUGCAGCUACUUCCGUUACUCUUGGGAUUGACCAUUUUUUCUGUUGUGUCUAUAUUUUCGUUACCGCUGGUCCGUUUUUACAACGUCUAUGUAAUUCUGGGCAACAUCAUGGUCGUCGCUGGAACUGCUCUCUUCUCAACGUUGGACGAAACCGCUUCUCGCGGUCAGCAAAUUGGAUAUAUGCUUAUGGUUGGCGCUGGACUCGGAUUCAGUUUGCAGGUGCAAACAUUGCUGCUGCAGGCUUCGGUUGAUCAAAGCGAUGUCGCCAUCGUGUCCGGUUUAACGCAAUUCUUCCAAUCGAUCGGUGGUGGAAUCGGUCUUGCCGUAUUAAGUGCACUCUUCACCAACUCACUGACCUCUCAAUUUUCGGCUCUCCCCGCAAAUGUAUUGGCUGGUCUUGCUACUUGGAAUCAAAGGCCAGCAUCUCUGCAUUCGCUCCCAGCUGACAUAUCUGGUCCUACAAUACAUGCGUAUACGCAAGCCCUACGUCAGAUCUUCAUCUACGGCACUCCAUUUGCUGCAGCUGCGGCGUUCCUAUCAAUCCUGUUAAUAUGGAAACGUGUACCCAAGAGUGGCGUCCCAAAGACUGAGGCUGUUGCUAUGGGUUAA